AAAUUUAAAAAACGUCAAUCAAAGCUUGCGCCGCGAGCGAACUUGUUUCAUAAUAUUUUUUAACUAUUACGAAUACGGAGUUUUCUCUUCCAUUUAGAAUUUGAUAAGUAUUUAAUAAAAUGGCAACGAUAAGGUCAGAUAAUAAUUCAAAUGAUAUUACUAUUUCAUGUCCAAUCUGUAAUAAAGUUUUUGAGAAAUCUGUCAUUGAAGAGCAUGCCAAUAAAUGUUUAUUUCUGAAUACAACACAAGUUAAUGCCGUAAAACAAAAUAAAAUAGAACUAUCUAAUGGGAAAAGAAGUAGUUCACACUUCAACCAAACUUCUGUUAAUGAAAAACGUCCGCGUCUCAGCACAAGCCCUAGUUCUUCAAAAAAUGAGGGACAAACAAUGUCUGAAACAGUCAUUAAAAAUCAACAAAAAGAAGUAAAAAACCUUCCGUUGGCUGAACGCAUGAGACCCUUACAUCUUGAAGAUAUUAUUGGCCAAGUGCAGGCAUUUGGUCCUGGUUCAAUGUUAAGGUCUUCUAUAGAAAAGAAAAUCAUUCCCAACAUGAUUCUUUGGGGACCACCUGGAUGUGGAAAGACAUCAUUGGCUAAUGUUAUUUCAAAUAUUUGUAAAGAACAAAACAACAUGAGAUUUGUUAAGUUAUCAGCUACUAUGGCUGGAAUCAAUGAUGUUAAGGAAGUUGUAAAAGUUGCUAAAAAUGAAGCUCAGUUUAAAAGACAAACAGUACUAUUCAUGGAUGAAAUUCAUAGGUUUAACAAAUUACAACAAGACACAUUUUUGCCUCAUGUGGAAAAUGGGACAAUCAUUCUUAUUGGUGCUACCACUGAAAAUCCUUCAUUUAGUUUAAAUAAUGCUCUUCUCAGUCGAUGCAGGGUUGUGGUAAUGGAAAAAUUAAGCACUGGUGAUGUAUUAGUCAUUUUAAAACAGGCUUUAAACAAGAGUGGAAAGGCAGUUAUUGGAAAAGUCAAGAAGAAUUUUGAUUCAACACCACAACAUGAUCUGCCUGAAUGCAUUGUGGAAGAGGAAUCAUUGCAGUGGCUUGCCGAAGUAUGUGAUGGAGAUGCAAGGGUUGCACUGGGGGCAUUGGAAUUGGCACUUGCGGCAAGGGCCCCUGGUACUGAACUGGUUACCACAGGACCAACAGUAAUAAGUCUUGAAGAUAUUAAGGAUGGUAUUAAGAGGUCCCAUAUGGUUUACGACCGAAAAGGUGAAGAACACUAUAACAUUGUUUCCGCGAUACACAAGUCGAUUCGCGCGAGUGAUGAUAACGCUGCUUUAUACUGGACUACAAGAGCACUGCAUGGCGGCGAGGAUCCUUUGUACAUUGCACGACGCCUAGUGCGUGCGGCUUGUGAAGAUAUAGGCUUAGCAGACAGAAAUGCCUUGGUUGAGGCUGUAGCAUGUUUGCAAGGUUGCCAGCACCUAGGAAUGCCAGAAUGCGAUGUUUUGUUAGCGCAAUGUGCUGUCAGACUUGCCAGGGCACCAAAAAGCACAGAAGUUUAUCGCGCCAUGACAAGAUGUCGAAAAUCGUUGGUAGAAGCAAAAGGUCCUCUUCCGUCGGUUCCACUCCAUUUGCGUAAUGCUCCUACUAAGCUCAUGAAGCAACUAGGUUAUGGAAAGGGUUAUAAUAUGUUCCACAAAGACAAGUCUGGAUUAAGCUAUAUGCCAGAAGGAAUGGAAGAUAGUGAUUUCUUUCAUUGUAAUGAUGACUAUAACUAAGUAAAUAAAUGAUGUUAAUUAAAAUCACUGAAUUACUA